AUGAAAUACAAACACACGGCAGUAUUUGCCCACCGAAAAUGCUUGGAGGAUGGAAAGUGGUGGAGGUCACCAUUAAGCAACCGCAGCUGGUCGAACUAUUCUGCCUGUAUUAAUAUUCUAGAAUACAAGUUAGACCAGCACGUGAUCUAUGUUUACUUCUUCGGCUUCUUCCUCUCCCUAAUCGCCCUCCUUAUCUCUCUCUUCAUUUUCACCAUUUAUAACAGGCAGUUGGUGUGCGACCGAGUUCGAAUGCACAAGCACCUCUUCGUCUGCAACUUACUGAACUGCAUCACCUGGAUCAUCUACUACUCGCUUGUCUACAGUGCCACCCUUGGGAAUGAUGUCUUUGAAAAAAGUCCCAUACAAUGCAAGCUUUUACACGUGAUCAGUCAGUAUCUAACGCUGUCCAAUCAUCUUUGGAUGUUUUGUGAGGGGAUGUACCUACACACAAUUAUAGUCUUUGGUUUCACCACCGGAAGGAAAUUGUUGAUCACGUGCUACGCAAUCGGAUGGAUACUACCUAUUAUUCCAACGGCCUCGUAUACCUGCUUAAGAAAAUUCAGAAAUGAUGAUAAUGAUGCUGCCUACUGUUGGUACUUGGAAACAAAAGAAAAAUGGAUCAUUAGCAGUUUCAUCAUAUUCACGUUUGCAGCCAAUCUCUUCUUCCUCUUCAACAUCAUUCGCGUUCUAGUGACAAAGUUGAGAGCGGUAAAUUCACCUGACACUUGCCAAGUUAAGAAAGCUGUCCGCGCUACAAUGAUAUUAAUCCCACUUCUGGGGGUCCAGUUCAUCUUCUUCCCGAUCAUUCCCAGGAGAGGAUUGCACGUUAAAAAGAUCUAUGAAGUUAUCGUGGCCCUCGUGACGUCAUUUCAAGUAUGGAGCGCCGACCGCGUUUUUUUGGUUUUUUAA